AUGGCUGCUGAAGUUCAGCCAAUUGCUCAGGUCAAAUUACCUGCUCGACCUUCCUCUCUCACCCCUGAACAGGUAUAUUGGCGAACCUUCAAGUCACCUCUGAAUAUUCCCUCUCCAACGAAUCACGCUGUAACUCAUAUUGCUCAACCGCAACCAUCGUCUUCUGGACAGGUUUCCUCAGAUUUCUUUGUUGUCACAACCGGAGCCCGAGUGCAACUCUACUCUCAAAAAUCUCGCAAACUCCUGAAAACUAUCACCCGCUUUGAUGACACUGCAUACGGUGCCGAACCACGAUACGAUGGACGAGUUCUCGCCGCAGGUGAUGGGACGGGAGCGAUUCAGGUGUUUGAUGUGAAUUCGAGAGCUAUUUUGAAAACAUGGAAAGAGCAGAAACAAGCGGUACACUCUGUGAAAUGGAGUUCCAGAGAGAGCACUACCUUAAUGAGUUGUGGAGACGAUAGAACUGUCAGGCUUUGGGACCUUCCGAGUGAAACCAGCGUCGAGACUUUUCACGGUCAUCAGGACUACGUUCGCACGGGGUCUUUUCUUCCUGGUCAAUCGAUCAAUUUGUUGGUGUCUGGUAGCUACGAUCAGACUAUCCGACUGUGGGAUCCCCGCACACCGACUGCGGCGGUCAUGACAUUCAAGCACACCGCUUCUGUGGAAGAUGUUCUAUGUAUGCCAUCAGGAACAACAAUCCUGGCAUCUGCGGAAAAUCAGAUUGCCGUUUUGGACAUCGUCGCAGGCCGACCAAUGCACAUGAUCAAGAACCACCAAAAGACGGUCACAUCAUUGUGCCUGGCGUCAAACGGAUCCCGAGUCGUUAGCGGUGGACUUGAUGGGCAUCUGAAGGUCUUCGAAACGGUUGGUUGGAAUGUGGUCGCAGGCUCGAAAUAUCCUUCUCCGAUCCUCGCUCUGUCUGUCAUCGCCUCCGGCAAUCCUCGAGAAGACAAACACAUUGCUGUGGGCAUGUCAACCGGACAGCUGAGCAUCAAAACACGACUGUCUGGAGAGCAAAAGAUCAAAGACCGGGAGAGACGGAAGCAGAUGGAGGCCUUGAUUGCUGGCAAGAUUGAAGAAUAUGACAGAAAACAAGCCAAGAAACGACCACGAGGGUGGGAAACCCGCCUGAGGGGCCGUAACUACGCCGGGGAAGAUGCUGACAUUAUUGUGGAGGGAAAUGUACGUGGAAAGCCCAAAAAGUUGGCUCCGUGGGAGAAAGAAUUGCACAAAGGGAGAUAUGCUGAAGCACUUGACUUGGCCAUGCAGACUGCGGACAAAAUGACUGUCUUUACGCUCCUCAACACCCUUCGAUAUCGAUCUGCCCUGCGGGCUGCCCUCAAAGAUCGAACCGAAUCUGACCUUCAACCGAUCAUGACUUGGAUAUGGAGGAAUAUAUCAGAUACAACUUUUGUCCCUCUGUGCGUUGAAUUGUCGAUGAAUAUAAUGGAUUUGUUUUCCAGUCACUUAGCAAAGAGUGAACCUCUUGCGAGGCAGGUCAAGAGGCUACGUGAUCGAGUUCACGACGAAGUGGUUCGAGCGCACCAAGCCAGCAUGACAAGAGGAAUGUUACAACUUCUCACACCGGAAAUCAAUGGCUGA